AUGAGAUACAUCGGCUACUUUCUUUUGCCUCUGGCUACGGUCAGCGCUUACCUGGUGUCCGAGCAGAUUGAUGUUCAAGCCAGUCUGCUCACUAACCCGAGAGAUGUUGCCGACAAAACCUUCGAUUAUAUUAUAGCCGGUGGAGGUCUGACCGGUCUAACGGUAGCUGCCAAAUUGACGGAGAAUCCGAAUAUUGAGGUCCUGGUGAUUGAAAAGGGCUUUUAUGAAUCUAACGACGGGCCCAUCAUCGAAGAUCCAAAUGCUUAUGGCCAGAUUUUUGGCACCACGGUGGAUCAGAAUUACCUGACUGUCCCUCUCAUCAAUAACCGUACCGACAAUAUCAAGUCUGGGAAGGGCCUUGGAGGAUCUACUUUGAUCAAUGGUGAUUCAUGGACCCGUCCAGACAGGGUCCAGAUUGAUUCGUGGGAGAAGGUUUUCGGAAAUCAUGGGUGGAACUGGGACAAUGUCGUCAAGUAUAUGAACCAGGCUGAACGUGCCCGCCCCCCAACUGCUGCUCAGAUAGCGGCCGGCCACCAUUUUAAUCCUGCUUGCCAUGGUUUUAACGGCACUGUUCAUGCUGGACCGCGUGACAAUGGUCAGCCUUGGUCUCCCCUUAUGAGAGCACUGAUGAACACCACUUCCGCCCUCGGAGUGCCAACUCAGGUGGACCUCCACUGCGGCCACCCUCGUGGGGUUUCUAUGAUUCCUAAUAACCUAUUAGAGGAUCAGGUACGCGCCGAUGCCGCUCGCGAAUGGCUCCUUCCCAAUUAUCGCCGGAAAAACUUGAAGGUCUUGACCGGACAGGUUGUUGGAAAGGUUCUCUUUGAUCAAGAUGCGCCCGGUCACAAAGCUAUUGGAGUAAACUUUGGCCAGAACAAGGCUGUUAACUUCAAUGUCUACGCCAAGCAUGAAGUCCUGUUGGCCGCUGGCUCUGCCAUCUCUCCUCUGAUCCUGGAGUACUCUGGAAUUGGUUUGAAGCCUGUACUUGACAAAGCUGGCGUUCCUCAGCGUCUGGAGCUGCCUGUCGGUAUCAACAUGCAGGAUCAAACUACCACGACUGUGCGCGCACGUAGCACACCCGCUGGCUUUGGCCAGGGUCAAGCUGUCUACUUUGCCAAUUUUACUGAGACCUUCGGCGAAGACGCUGAUUAUGCUACGGAACUUCUCAACACCAAACUUGACAAAUGGGCCGAGGAGACAGUUGCUUGGGGUGGCUUCCACAACGUCACUGCACUCAAGGUCCAAUACGAGAAUUAUCGCAAUUGGCUGCUUGAUGAGGAUGUCGCCUUUGCAGAGCUAUUCCUCGACACUUCCGGACACAUCAACUUCGACUUGUGGGAUUUAAUACCGUUUACUCGCGGUUCGACUCAUAUUCUCAGCAGUGAUCCAUAUCUCUGGCAGUAUGCUAAUGAUCCCAAGUUCUUCUUCAACGAGCUGGACCUUCUCGGCCAGGCUGCCGCAUCCCGACUUGCCCGCAAGCUGCAGAAUAGUGGAGCUAUGGCAAGCUAUUUUGCUGGCGAGGUUAUCCCGGGUGCCAAACUGCCCUACGAGGCCACACUAGACCAAUAUGCCGAGUAUGUCAAGGACAACUUCCGUGCUAACUGGCAUGCUGUGGGUACCUGCUCUAUGAUGUCCAGGGAACUUGGUGGUGUUGUUGAUGCGACUGCCAAGGUUUAUGACACCCAGGGCCUUCGUGUUAUCGACGGCUCGAUUCCUCCUACUCAGGUUUCCUCUCAUGUUAUGACAAUCUAUUACGGUAUGGCAUUGCGGAUCGCGGAUUCAAUCCUCGCCGACUAUGCUAGAACCCAUUAG